GCUCCUGUCGUCACCACUUAGUUACCAGCGUCAAGGAAGGCAAAGAUUUCCUCGCUGGGACGCACUGACCUCGCCUAAAGUCCCGUUUAUGUGUCGUUUUGUAAAGUUUUAAGCUCUAUUUUCAGCAGCGGGAGGUGUUUUUAAGAGUUUGGGAGUCGGUUGAGGCUGAACAUGGGUAAAAAAGCAAAGCAGGAACAAGACGAACCUGCAGAGUAUGACCCAAAUUUCAAUGGACCCAUAAAGAAAAGAGGCUGCACUGAUAUAAUCUGCUGUAUUCUCUUUUUGGUUGUUCUCCUUGGAUACAUAUUCGUUGGGAUUUUAGCGUGGCUCUAUGGAGACCCUCGACAUAUUCUCUAUCCAAGAAACUCAACUGGGUGGUUCUGUGGUAUUGGACCAAAUGAGGGCCGACCCAACUUGUUUUACAUCAAUGUUAUUAAAUGUGCCACAUCUGUUAAUGUCAUGGCAACUGCUCUUAACGGUUUUCAGUGUCCAACCACACAGGUGUGUGUAGAAGAAUGUCCCUCUGAGUUCUGGGCUGUGGGAGUAACAGACUACAUCCCUGAUGUGAAGCCAGAAGCUGUUUUUAAUCAAAGUCUGUGCGCUCCAUCAUUGAACCUUUCAAUGACUGAACUGACAGUAAAAGACAUUGUGGAGAAGGAGCUGUGUCCUUUAUUCUACACUCCUACAACCCCAGUGUUGGGGAGAUGCCUGCCUGAUAUCUCAGCACUGGGGGGGGUCGAUCCAGAUUUCAGUGUUCCAGGCUUUUCUUCAUUGAACGAAACAGUCGGCCUCAUCAAAAACGGCACAGGGGACAUUCUCAACAGUUUCAGUGCCAAGGACAUUGGGAUUCGAAUCUUUGAGGAUUUUGCAUCGGCGUGGCCUUGGAUCCUCUUGGGUCUGGUGAUAGCGAUGCUGGUCAGUAUGUUGUUCCUGCUGCUGCUCCGGUUCACUGCUCCAGUCAUGGUGUGGGUGCUCAUCGUAGGACUCCUGGGUGCUGGUGCAUACGGAAUAUGGCACUGCUACUGGGAGUACGAUAACUACAAACAAAUAUCUGCUUCUAUCAAUGAUGUCGGUUUCACCACCAACUUCGAGAUUUAUCUGCAAGUCCAAGAGACCUGGCUGGCUUUCUUAAUAAUCAUAUCUGUGGCGGAAGCGAUCAUCCUUCUGACCGUCAUCUUUCUCCGGACCAGAAUCCUCAUAGCCGUCGCUCUUAUUCAGGAGUCCAGCAAAGCCAUUAGCCACAUGAUGUCUGCUCUGCUGUACCCUCUGGUCACCUUCGUCCUCCUGCUGGUCUGUGUCGCCUACUGGAGCGCCACUGCCAUAUAUUUAGCCACUUCAGGAGACCCAGUCUACAAAGUGGUGGCUCUGAACUCGUCUGAAAGCGGCUGUGAGGGCGUUAACGGCUCAGUGAGCUGCGAUCCGCAGAACUUCACCUCAUCAGAUUACCCAUCAUGCUCGUCGGCUAGCUGCAUCUUCAUCAAAUACAACGAAGAGGGUCUUUUCCAGCAGAACCUCUUCAACCUGCAGAUCUACAACGCCGUUGCUUUUCUCUGGGUUGUGAACUUCGUCAUCGCCCUGGGCCAGUGCACCCUGGCCGGGGCCUUCGCCUCCUACUACUGGGCCUUCACCAAACCCAACGACAUCCCCACCUUUCCUGUGUUCAGCAGCUUUGUUCGUUCACUCAGGUAUCACGUUGGCUCAUUAGCGUUCGGUGCUUUAAUCCUGACGCUGGUGCAGAUAGUGAGGAUGCUGCUGGAGUACAUUGACCACAAAACACGAUCGGCCCAGAAUGCAUUGGCACGUUUCAUCUUGUGCUGCAUGAAGUGCUGCUUGUGGUGUCUGGAGAAAUUUAUCAAGUUCCUCAACCGAAAUGCUUACAUCAUGGUGGCCAUUUAUGGGACAAACUUCUGCGUCUCAGCCAAAAAUGCUUUCAAGCUGCUCAUGAGAAAUAUAAUAAGGGUUGUGGUGCUGGAUAAAGUGACGGACCUCCUCUUGUUCUUUGGGAAGCUUCUGGUGGUGGGAGGUGUAGGUGUGCUGGCCUUCUUCUUCUUCUCCGGACGAAUUGUGCUUCCAGGCAACACGUUCCGCUUUGAGAUCCUCAACUACUACUGGAUGCCAAUUAUUACGGUGGUUUUUGGCAGCUACCUGAUAGCUCACGGAUUCUUCAGCGUGUACAACAUGUGUGUCGACACACUCUUCCUCUGCUUCUUGGAGGACUUGGAGCGCCACGACGGAUCCCUGCAGAAACCCUACUUUAUGUCCAAAAACCUCAUGAAGAUCCUCAACAAGUCCAACAAACAAAUAAAAAAGGGUAAAGGGAAGGAAUGAUGUUCAUGAAAGCCUCCACAUGUUCAGGAAGUCUUUAUUGUAGCUUUAUAGUCUUUGACUAGCACUCCAUUUCCUCCAAACACGUUUACCAAAACUGAUUUGCUAAUUUUACACAUUUCAAUGACUUUAUAUUUUUACAUUUGUAGGAUUUGUGAGUGUGGAUGUGAGAUGAGUGAUUAUGUGGAAUCUUAUUCUAAAAAGGGAACUGUGACAGAUUGCCUUGUUUUGAAAAUCAUGUCUUACUUAGUUUGAUUGUUCAUUGUUUUAAAUGUGUAAAUACUUUUACAGAUGUUUUAAACCUUUUAUUUUUUGACUCGCAAAAUGUUAUUUCAUAUAUCGAAUAACUAAAUUUCCUGUAAUGUAACCUUAGAAACUUGUAAAAAUGUUUUUAUUUAAAAAAGAAAAAAAAGGCAUACUUUUGAAAAUUGUAAAAUAAACCUUUGAAUAUGACAAA